UCAAACCCUUUCACGUAACAAAACUCAAAAAGGAACAGAAAAAGUGAAAAAAAAAAUCAAUGUCUUUUCUUCAUUUCCUUCUUCACUUCACGAUUUUCCUUCUUCUUUUCCAUGAAAUCUUUUCUUUUCCUUCCAACCAAACACUCUUUUUACCACUCAGAAAAACCCACGGUGGUCACCGUCCACUACCCUCUUCCGCCACCAGUGCUGCCACCAACAGGCUUGCUUUCCACCAUAACGUUACUCUAACGGUUUCACUAACCGUCGGGUCGCCGCCGCAGGAUGUUACGAUGGUACUGGAUACAGGGAGUGAACUUUCGUGGCUUCACUGUAAGAAAACGCCGAAUUUAAAUUCCGUUUUCACCCCUCAAGUUUCCAAGUCUUACAAACCCGUCCCUUGUGGUUCGCCGGUUUGCAAAACACGUACACGUGACUUACCCGUUCCAGCUUCAUGCGACCCGAAUAAUAAACUAUGCCACGUGGCCGUCUCUUAUGCUGACGCUUCCUCAAUAGAAGGAAAUCUCGCGUACGAGAAUUUCGUAAUCGGAUCUUCGACCCAACCCGGGUUUUUAUUCGGGUGUAUGGAUUCGGGUUACAGCUCAAAUUCGGAGGAAGAUUUCAAAACAACUGGGUUAAUGGGCAUGAACCGCGGGUCGUUAUCUUUCGUUAGUCAAAUGAGAUUCCCCAAAUUCUCGUAUUGCAUAUCGGGUUUCGACUCCUCCGGGGUUUUACUCCUCGGUGACGCGAGAUUUUCGUGGCUUGGGGAGUUGAAUUAUACUCCUUUAAUUCAAAUGUCCGACCCGUUACCAUACUACGACCGAGUUGCAUAUACGGUUCAAUUAGAAGGUAUUAAAGUUGGGAAUAAAAUAUUAGACCUACCAAGAUCCGCUUUUGUACCCGAUCAUACAGGUGCGGGCCAAACAAUGGUCGACUCCGGUACCCAAUUUACUUUCUUAAUGGGUCCGGUUUACACCGCGUUACGAAACGAGUUUUUACAACAAACGAGAAGGGUUUUACAAGUUUACAACGAUCCGAACUUCGUAUUCCAAGGGGCAAUGGAUUUAUGUUAUCGGGUCAUGGGUUCGUCUCGGCCAAGUUUCUCUAAUUUACCGCGAGUUAGUCUAAUGUUUCAAGGAGCCGAGAUGAGUGUAUCCGGCGAGAGGCUAUUAUAUCGGGUACCCGAUAUGAACAAAGGGAGUGAUUCAGUGUAUUGCUUCACAUUUGGCAAUUCUGAUCUCCUAGGGAUCGAAGCAUUCGUGAUUGGUCAUCAUCAUCAACAAAACGUGUGGAUGGAAUUUGAUUUGGUGAAAUCAAGGGUUGGAUUUGCUGAGAUUAGAUGUGAACUUGCAGGUCAAAGGCUUGGUAUUGGACCCUAAGGGCCCCACAAAAAAGAAUGUAAAAACGUUGUGAAAGAUUUUGGAUGGGUCCCACAUCGUCCAAUCUACGGCCCACCUGUUUUGAUGGAAGGUGGACCAUUGAUCGGACAAUGUAUGGUCAUGAUUGGAAAAGCAUGGGAUUCUUUUUUUUUUCUUUUCCUUUUCUUAUGUAAAUAAAAAUAUUUUAAAUUUUUUAUUUUCUAAAUCUAUAUCGAGGCUUUUAAGGGUAAUAUUAAAUAAAUAUAUAUUGAAAAAUAUAUUUGUAAUUUUUCGUGUUAGUCACAAAAAUAUAUUUACAUAAUAUAUUAUUAAA